UAUUAUUCUCCCCAGAGUUUUCAAAUAGAGCAACUUUACAUAAAUCAAACUAUACGAUCUUGUUUGAAAUUGCACGAUGGCAUCGUCUUCUUUCCCAGAAAAGGAAUUGAAAAGGGACAGUCCAAAUUGGCUUGAACUUCCAAGAGACAUCACAAUUAACAUCCUUCAAGGAGUUGAUACUGUUGAAAUUGUAACAAAUGCAUGCCUAGUAUGUCCUCUAUCGUGGAACAUUUGUAAGGAUCCUCUCAUGUGGCGUACCAUUCACAUGAUCACACACUACAAUUCACCCAAAUUACUUAGAGAAGAUUUGCCGGUAUUUCAACGAAGUUGCGGUCAAUUGGAAGACAUUGAUAUUCAUUGUUUUGCUAACGAUGAUCUCCUUAAAUUCAUAGCUGAGAAUGCCAGUCACCUACGAUGUAUGUGGCUUGCAGAUUGUCGGGGAAUAUCAGAUAAAGGAUUUAUUGAAGUUGCGAAAAAGUUUCCGUUGUUGGAAAAGCAUAACAUUUCGUUUAGUGAAAGUUUAUCAAAGGAUUCUUUUGAAGUCAUUGGCCGAUCUUGCCCUGUUUUAAAAUCAUUGACAUAUAGUAGGUGUUUUUACUCUAUAUGCGAUGAUGAGGCAAUUGCUGUUGGAAAAACCAUGACUAAGCUACGACAUAUUAAGAUUUAUGAAAAUUUGCUCACUAAUGAUGGAUUGCUUGCCAUUCUUGAUGGAUCCCCUCUGCUUGAAUCUCUUGACCUUUCGGGUUGUCUCAAUUUUGACUUGAGUGAACAUUUGGUAAAAUGGUGUCAUGAGAAGAUAAAAGAUUUAAGGUUUCCUUUUAACUAUAUAGACUACUAUUUUUAUGAUGAUGGUUCUUAUUUGGACAAUGAAGAGAAUUACCAUGUUGAGGAUUGUUAAGUUGGAGAGGUUUAAGUGAUGAUGACAAAUGAGACUAUUAUUAUUGAUUUCUUGGCAUGCUUUCAUCUCCAAAGUGAAAAUUCCGAUCGACGGUGAUCUUUGAAGAGAUUUCAAAUAUUAUUGUUUUAUGAUGUUGAUUUAAAGGAAUUAUUAGGUUGAAGACUUAUGAAAGGCUAAAUGUUUUAUUUUUAUGCAUGUUGUGAGUAAGUUAUAUCCCCCAUUGACCUUGUUCUUACGUGUGGUUGGCAUGCUUUUUAUUAAUCAGAUGGGUUAUCUUACCUAUGUUCUUUGAUAAUGAUUGGUCUAACAUAAUCUAAUUUGAUAUUGGAUACAAUGUUGAGAAAUGAUGAAAUAGAUGGACUUGGUAAGAGUAAGAAAAUGAGACGAACUUUGUGAAUUUUGAGAA